AUGUCAUCAAAAGUAGCACCAAUAACAACAUCAUCUCUAGUAUUGUUUAGAAGAUUGUUGAGAGAGGGACUGAGAUACCCUGCUAUAAAACAAGAUCGUUGGUGGCGUGCCAACGUCAGAGAGUCGUUCCGUGAGAACAAACAUGUAAAAGAUGAACAAGAAAUUAAAAUACUACAAGAUAAAGUUAAAUCAUAUCGUUUCUACUUAAAAGCUGCUAAAGAUUUACAAAAUUUAUUAGAACAAUAUAAUAUAGGUAUACCAACAAGAGAUAGAAUUGUAAAGUCAUCACAGAGAGUAGGAUUACAGGUACCAGAGUGGCCAGAAGAAAGACACAAAAAGAUCGAAGAAGAACGUCAGAAACUUAGAGAUAAAAUUGGACAAUCUUACAUCAAAGAGUCUGACCAACAAUAA